UAUAAAACAAUACGCGGGAGCCAGCACAUCAUGUUCUCUAUUGCUAUUAUCGGUUUUGGUGUGCUUUGGAACGCUUUAGGAACUCCUCUGUUUCAAGUACCGGUGAUAGUUGAACAAGUUAGCCCUGUCGCAGAUACGACGUCCAAACUUUUAGUCGUGCCUCAGAUCAUAGAAAUUUUCGAUAACAGCAUCGACGAAGUGCCCAAUAAUUCAAAUGCAAACGGUCAAAGUACACAGCUUGUCUACAUGAAAUCUGCGUUCGGACCUAACACUUACAGUGUAGUUCCUGUUCCAAGGUUGAAAUUUUUCUCAGGGAAGAGGCCGUCUUUCUUCUGGUCCGGGCCUUCGUCAAUGAAAUCUCGAACGCCGGUAGUCAACGAAACCGCAAAACCCGUUGUAGCUCCUGUUGCUCGUCCACUGCCGAUCGGCAAAAAGUCGAAUUCUACUUCUUAAACCGAAUUCUAGUCAGGGCCAGGGUUUUUUCUCAAUUGCAUUCAACGUGUGCAUUUCUCUAGUCGGUUUUUCCUUCGUGAUCGCUAUGCGUGAAGUAUUACGUGACCACCAUUCCAUCCAGCACCGUAUCGUGAGUAUUAAUAACAGCCAAUCGAAAGUAGAAAUUUAAUAAAUGCGAAUAAUAAUUUUCCUAUUCAUGUAUAUACAAUUUCUC